UCUAAUUCUGAAACACAUAUUAAUUAUUACACAAAACUCUAAAUGCUGUUAGAAUUUAACCAUUGUAGUAAAUUAAUUUGAUAAACAAUCAAUCGAGUAAAAGCUGCAACACGCUUUUUUCAAGGCCUGAAAAAAUUUCCGAGGAGAAGAGAAGAGAAUUGUGGGGAACCUGUUUACAGAGCAUAUAGGGCGGAGAGUUUACGCAAGUUCGAAUCGCUGGGGCGCUGAUGUUGCGCCCCAGCAAUUUUUGUUCACAGCAAAAGUGGCGUCAUGAUCAGACUAAAGGAAAAUGAUAGUUGCAGCGUUCGGCAUCAGGAUUCAGGUCAUCCCAGUUGCAACGGGUGUAAUGCAGUAUAAAAGUUCUCCAUGUUGAAAUGAUAUGUAGCUUUUUGUAUUAUGUUAUACCGUAUGGCUUGAUGGAGGAGUUGUACGUUGAUAUAAGCAAUGAUCUGAGUAUUGACAGUUCUAAAUUCAGUCUGCCUUGGAAAGGCACAUAAGUAGAGAAUAAAGUUUGAAUGGGGCUUGAUCGAGUGGCUGCAGUUUUUGCUGCAACUUUGAGUCAUUUCUCGCCAUCAUCAUCUUCUGGAUCUCCUGUUUCAACUUCUACAUUGCCACCAUUGGGUUCUCCCUUUAGGUCUGCAUGGGCUGGCCGUGGAAGGACAGGCGGUUUGCGACUUUCAUCAUCUCUCCAAGAUUUUUCAACUUAUCGCAAAGUCAGUACAGAGGAAACAGAUUUAGCUCUGGGAGUUGGUGCUGGCGUGCUUCGGUCAAAACCUUCACCAUUGCAGUUGUUAAGGGAAGGGAAUUUGGGAGCCAGUAGUUUUUCAAAGGAAAAGGCUUUGUCUUCAACCUCAGUGAAAAGUCGAAGAUGGCUAAAGAUGGCUGUGGGGUUUUCACUUUUUUUCAUACUUCUUACUCUGAUUUUUUUAGGUUCUGGACGGUUAAGAUCUUAUUGGAGAACCGAGGCUUCACAGUUUUCUAUUGUUUUGGACUGUGGGAGUACUGGUACCCGAAUUCAUGUGUAUGAAUGGGUUCAGAAUGAUGGUAAGGAUCAUGGAAAGCUCCCUAUGGUGUUACAUCCAUUUCCCCAAUUGGUUGAUAGCAAGACAGGUCAGCAAAAUGGUCGUGCCUAUCAUCGCAUGGAAACUGAGCCUGGUUUUGAUAAAUUACUACAUAAUGAAUCAGGAUUGAGGACAGCCAUAGAACCACUGCUUCGAUGGGCAGAGAAGCAAAUACCAGCUCAUGCUCAUAGAAACAGUCCUCUUUUCCUAUUGGCUACAGCAGGGCUUCGCAGGUUGCAAACUACUGAUUCAGAAUGGAUUCUUGAUAAAGCAUGGUCAAUACUAGAAGAAUCUUCAUUUAUGUGUCGAAGAAGCUGGGUUAGAAUAAUUACUGGGGAAGAAGAGGCUUACUAUGGAUGGGUAGCUCUUAAUUAUAAUAAGAAUAGAUUGGGAAAAUUUCCAGUGCAAGAAACAUUUGGUGCACUUGACUUAGGGGGCUCAUCCCUACAGGUCACAUUUGAGGCAAAAGAGUCAGUACAAGGUGGUAAUGGUUUAAAUCUGAGUAUUGGAGCAAUGGACUACCAUCUUAAUGCAUAUUCUCUUUCUGGUUAUGGCUUGAAUGAUGCUUUUGAGAGGUCAGUUGUCCUGCUGCUUAGACAAUUUUCAAAUGUUCACAGACGGAAAAUAAUUGACGGUCAACUGCAGCUCCAUCAUCCUUGCUUACAUUUUGGUUACAUCCAGAAAUACUUGUGUUCACAGUGUUCUUUACUGCAUCAAGAUGGAAGUCCCUUGGUCAGUGGAAAGGACAUGAAUGGCAAAGGUUCUCAAGUGGUUAUCGAGUUAAUUGGUAGUCCCAACUGGGAAAAAUGUGAAUCACUAGCAAAAUCCACUGUCAAUGCGUCUGAAUCAUCACAAUCGAUUGCAGGAAUAGAUUGCAAGCAAUACCCUUGUGCUCUCAAUAAGAAUCAGCCACAACCUCAGGGCCAAUUCUACGCAAUGUCAGGAUUCUUUGUUGUGUACAAGUUUUUUAACCUAUCUUCUGAUGCAACACUUGAUGAAGUAAUAGAGAGAGGUAGGUCAUUCUGCAAGAAAACCUGGCAUGAUGCUGAGCGGAGUGUAGUUAAACAGCCUUUCAUAGAACAAUAUUGUUUUCGUGCACCAUAUGUGGUAUCACUCCUAAGAGAUGGUUUACAUUUGAAGAAUCAACAAGUAGUUGUUGGGUCUGGCAGUAUUACUUGGACUUUAGGUGCUGCAUUACUAGAAGCUGGACCUUUGUUCUCAGGAAAGAUGAGAACAAGAAGCCAGGCUAGGCUUUACAUAUUUAAAAAUGACCAUUUUUUUCUAGGUCUAACUACUCUAAUGGCUGUGUUCAUCAUAUUUCUUAUUAUCAUCAUGUUUGCUGUGUCUUGCACCCGCAAAUGGAUUUUGAGGUUAUGGCGUAAACCGCAUUUACCUCUUUUUGGACAUUACACUUCAAGCAGCAGUCCCAUCCCCAAGAUUCCAUCACCUUUCCGCUUCCAAUCACGCAGUCCUUCUAGCAAUGGAGUUUCUGCAGGACGUUCUGCUGAUGGAAGAAUAAAGAUUCCCCUUAGUCCUUCAACGUCUUCAGGUCAGCAGCCAUUUGGACUCGGACAGACCCUUGCAGGUGGAAGUGCCCAGCACAUUGAUUCUGGAAUGCAUCAGUCACCUACAUCCAUUGGAGAUUAUUUCUCAAACAGUAAUUUGGGGCAGUUACAAAAUGAUUCUGGAACCAUCUGGACACCUCAUAGAAGUCAAACACGGCUGCAGAGUCGGCGCUCACAGUCAAGAGAAGAUCUCAUUUCAUCAAUUUUAGAGAGCCACAUUGCCAAGUUGUGAUGACCAUAGGCUAUACCAAGAUUUUUGAGGACCGUGCUUUUGUCAAAGUUGUACAAUACACAGAAACUCUGCUUUUAUAUAGUUAAAUUUUAAGCUCAGUUUAUCCUUUCACACUCUACCUGAGAUGGUGCCUUGUGCAUCUUAGUGAAAUUUUCUGUAGUGCAACUUAUGUUUAUACUAAAUUAUUUUCAAUAACAAGUUUGGGUUGUUCUA